GAAUUACCCCAUAUGCAGCUUGAUGACAGACUUGGCUUUGUCCAUUCCCGAUGUUUUCCCGAAGCGGCAGGUCAACUACAGGCCAAAUAUUUAAGAUACGUUAUUCCCAUGAUGCAUAGGUUCUGCUUGUUCCUUACUAUUCUCUUCCAUAUCUUUGCACGCUGAGAUCAAAAAAUGAGAUUCAAAUAUCUGGUUUUGCAGCUCUUAUCGUUCUCUACAUUGGGUCAAACUGCCUCCAUCCGCACCCGGACCCAACCAGUUGCUACUAUCAACAACGGAACCCUUAUUGGAACUCAGAACCCGAAACACAACCAGGACCUUUUCUUGGGUAUCCCAUACGCGCAGCCGCCUCUUGGGGAUCUGAGGUUCAAUCACCCCCAGCCCAUCAAUCAGUCAUGGUCUGAAAAGCAAGCAAUUGCCUAUGGUCCUUGGUGUCACUCUUCCCCUUUAACCCUACCGGGUUUCACGCAGACGGGCUUCGAGCAUGAAGAAAGCGAAGAUUGUCUAACCAUCAACGUCGUGCGACCAAGCGGUGUGAAGGACGAUGCUCGUUUGCCUGUUCUAACCUGGAUCCAUGGUGGUGGACUCCGGGAGGGAUUUGGUGCCGAUCAAAGAUACAACAUGUCUUUUCUCAUCCAGGAAUCUGUCAAGAUGGGCCAACCGACCAUUGGGGUCAGUUUUAAUUACCGGCUUUCUGGUUUUGGAUUCCUGCAGGGUCGCGCGGUCAACGAAGAUGGAGUCGCAAACCUCGGUCUCUAUGACCAGCGGCUUGCUCUUCACUGGAUCCAAGAGAAUAUUUUGGCUUUCGGAGGUGACCCUUCCCGAGUUACGAUUCAAGGAGAAUCAUCUGGCGCUGUGUCGGUUGGACACCACUUCGUCGCAUAUGGUGGACGUGACGAUGGGCUUUUCCAUGCAGGCAUUGCUGAAAGUGGCGGGCCUCUUAGCACAAGUGCAUUUAUCUCUCUGGAUCAGCAGGAUCUCCUCUACAAUGACGUUCUCAAUGCAACAAACUGCAUUGAUAAAGAAGAUACCCUUCAAUGUCUUCGCUCCAGACCAGCAAGCACCUUGAAGGAUGCUUUUCAAGGCGUCAAUUAUUAUCCAGUUAUGGAUGGAGGGAUGGUCACGGGUUUUCCUUCUGUUGCUCUGAGGGAAGGGAGCUUUGUGAAGCGUCCUCUCCUUAUCGGGACUAAUACAAAUGAAGGAACUGCAUUUUCAGUCACUGGCAGCCUCGGUGUGAACAAUUCAGCUGACUUCCGGACAAUGAUUACCCAGUUCAGCGGAGGCAAUGGUCUUACGAAUACGACUGUUAACGCUCUCGUUGAUCAAUACGUCCACAAACUGUCUCCCGAAGAGGUACAGGCCGAUCUCGGGACAGUCCUCCAAUCCCCAAGUCCAAGAUAUGGUGCUCUCUACGGCCAAGUUACCCUAUACAUCGGAGAUUUCAUGUUCAACGCCGCUAGGCGGUACACUACCGAGCUGUGGGCUCGGUACGGGGUUCCUGCAUAUACCUAUCGUUUCGAUGCUGUGUCUAAUGGGGUGCCGAAUAAGAUCCUUGGUGCCACACAUUUCCAGGAAAUUCCCUUCGUGUUCCGAAAUUUUGAUGGCGUCGGCCAUCAGGUCAAGCCAUUAGUAUCAAAUUCCACGGAAUUGCAGCAAAAGUAUCAGGAUCUGAGCAGACUCAUGAGCCGAAUGUGGUUGAGCUUUGCGAACACACUAUCGCCAAAUGAUCAUCAAGUUCCGAGAUUCAACGUGGCCUGGCCUGCCUACAGGAAUGAAAGUGCAGAAAACAUUGUCUUCCGUCUGAAUGACACUCACUUGGAGCCUGACACUUGGAGGUCAAACGCUAUUAGAAGUCUUGUUAGCUCUUUCCAUGAGUUCAAGAUUUAA